AUGACCCGUACCAGAGUUCCGAACACAACAGCGACAAGGGCAGCAACCGUUCCUGUCAUUACCACGGUCCGCAGGAAAAAGGUAUUGCGCAAUUGGGUCACAAAAUCAGCGCUUCAGCCUGGGGCAGUAUCAGCGCCAUCGGGAUCGGCAGCUGUCAGCUGUAACAACAUCAGUACUACUGGCGCCAUUACCGCCACCGUCAUUAAUAACGGCAGAUACAAAUCUCGAGGAAAACACGCCGGAGCACCAUCAACUUCAUGGACGGCAUCUUCUACUUGGAGCACUGCGUUUCCACCCUACGACCCUUUCAACUUCCCGAAACCACGCCAGGCUACUCCCGCCAAGACGACUCAGACCAGAAAUCAGGACCUGGAGCCAUUACCGUUCCUGGACUUUCGAACUAACGACUCCCGCGAAGUCAUGUACACCAAAUGCGACAUCGAAGCCGACCAAUGGCUCAACUCUAACCCGUCGAAAAUGUGGGCACUGGAUGCGGAAUGGAAGGCUUUUGGAGUGUUCGGGAAACAGGCCAAAAUGGCGCUUAUCCAGCUCGGGGAUGACAGGACCGUCUACCUCUUCCAUGUCAUCCAUAUGAAGAGAUUCCCUAAGGUGUUGGCCAGGAUCCUGCAAGACAAGUCUAUCCUCAAGGUCGGGAUCAACAUUCGGAAUGACGCCACCAAGAUGUUCAAGGACUGGGGUGUUGGAUGUGCUAGUCUGGUUGAGUUGGGCGCUUUGAGCAUUCAAGUUCAGGAUGAUUUGUCGACUCAGCGGAAAAUUCGCAGUAUGGAACGUCUUUCAAGGGAACUUUUACAACACGCAGUGGAGAAGGUACCAUUGACAAGGAUGGGAAACUGGGAGAGCAAGAACCUGUCAGCCAACCAACUCUCAUACGCCGCGAACGAUGUCUUUGUGACCUAUGAGCUGGCGGAGAAAAUCAAGGAGUUGCAGAAAGCGCGACCAAAACAAGAUUAUGUGGUCCCGUUUGCGACGGUCCAUAGUCAAGGCACCACAGUAGUCACGGUCCGGGGGUCAUUGCAGGAACGUGUAGACAACCCAGCAACAGCCAAGGAUAUCAUCGUUCCUGAACCCAAACAAGCGCCGACGGGUCUAAAGACAGGAACAAAUAAGACGGCAACAACAGCUUCAGCAGGUGACUCCAUUGGAGCGAAGCGGUCAUCAGUGGGCUACGCCAAGGUCUCGAAAAUCAAAACUGGAAGAUCUAGUCAAGUCACUACUAGUUGGCGGACAACCAGAGCAGUACAUUCUCCGACUACGACAGCUGGUCGAUCGACAAAGUCCGCCACUGCAGCAACGUCGUUUUCAAGGGCGAACACGCCAUCACGCAGCACGAAUGUGAACGGAGACCCUUAUUUUUUCUACCCAAAUGCCAACAACAGCAGGACCGGCGAUGGCGCCAAGGAUGUGAUUCGGGCAAUCCGUCUCGGGAGCAGGAGCACUGUCACCAUUAUACGCCCUAGAUUCCAGAAACGGUCCUUCUCUUGCUCCUCAUUGACUGCGACUUCUGACAAGAAGAUUGGUAGAGGAGAGGUCUUCUUUCCUAGCCGGCUGUUGCCAAAGUCGUUGGAGGGGAAGGAUAUUAUUGAGAGGAACCAGGAUGUCUGGUUAGAGGCUGGUGGGCGCGACCUUUCGGAGGAGGAUGACCAUGGAGGGGAAGGUGAAGAGGAGCAAGACGAUUGGUAUUUGAGUCAGAACCAGGCCUUGUUCGCAUCUCUUGUGCCGUCUGACAUUGAUUCUGAUGAUUCUGACAAGGGUUCGGAUGUGCGGUUGGAAGUGGGAGUAGAUAAGGAUGUCCUUGCUGCAUUGUUACGAAAGAAACCUUGA